CCCGUUCAACCACCACAACCAUCACACAUGUUGUUUUCUGUUGCGGUUUAACUUUUCUUCCACUGUUUAUUUAACGCUUGUAAAAACGUGUGUCUUAGCAAAAUGCUAGCUUUUGGGCAGCAUAAGCUUCUCUGUGAGGACUAACUAAAGGACAGGAACAUAGUUUUAUUUCAGUACAGGCCCAUUAUCGAUGAGAUAUGCGAAAAUUAAAUUACACAUUGACCGUUUUGUCUAGAAGCGGUUGUUUUAUCCGUGUUGCACUGUCAGCUAAUUGAAUAUCUCCGGAGCGCCCCCUGCUGGGCCUCCAGCUGAAUUGCAGCCAGUUUCUCGGGGAUUGGGCUCUGUCAAUACAUGUAACAGUGGGUCUGUCAGUAACGUUUAAUAAUUGUCCAUGCAGCUAUUGUUUAUUCAGCGACAGGUGAAUCAACAGGUUAACGUGUGAUGGCGUUUCGUGACAGUUCAAACCGACGUUUACACUAAACACCCACUCACGCCUUGUGAGGAUGCUGCUUAGUCAACUGGCUAUAAGCAGCAGCUGCGCCUGCGGGCAGGCUGCCGUUAGCCUCGUUUUAUUAGCGUGAUUUUUUUGAGAUGGCGGUUAGCAUGUGGAGUUUACCAGUGACGUUUUGCUGCAAAUAGUCAGCGAGGCUCCAUGUAAAACAACAAAAUCUCGGCUCAUCGAAGGUUUCUCUGACCAUGGAUCCGACCUGCAGUGGGUCUGUGGCUCCGGCCGGUUUGACGGUCCAGGUGUGCUUCCCAGGCGCCAGAGCAGCUGUUUUGGACAAUCUGAACCGGCAGCGGGAGGAAGGCAGGCUGUGCGAUCUCUCCAUCCAGGUGCAAGGUCAAGUGUUCAGGGCUCACCGCUGUGUCCUCGCUGCAUCCUCACCUUACUUUCAUGAUCAGGUGUUACUGAAAAAUGUUACAACUGUCUCCCUGCCCUCAGUCAUGGACCCAGUUGCCUUUGAGAGCGUCCUGAGUUCUGCGUACACUGGCCAGCUGAGCAUCGUGCAUGACGAUAUUGUCAACUAUGUCACCGUGGCCAGUUUCCUCCAGAUGUGGCACAUCGUGGACAAAUGCACCGAGAUCCUGAAGAGGCCUCGGUCCUCAGCAGAGGUCGCCUCUGGGGAGGCUGCCGCCGCAGCUCACCCCGGCUCUGCAUCUCGCCAGCAGUCCCCGAGCAGCACGGAGUGCCUGUAUGCAGAAAGGGAGGGAAGGAGGAGGGAGAAGAAGCCAGAUUCACUGCCUCCUUUGGCUACAUGGAGACGCCCACAGCAGUUCUCAAGAUGGGGACGCCCUCGACCCUCAUCAGCCCAGCACUUGGCUGAUUCACAGCUGGACAGCCUUCCUGGCUAUGUGGAGACUGAUUACACCAGUUGCGAGGAGACAUGGGUAUCGUGCAAUGCUAAGACGAGUCACUUUACUCAUGACGGACCUGGACACAAUGCCCGGCACCAUGGGGGGUUUUCGGGUGCUGAGGCUUUAAAGCAGAAAGUCAGAUUUCAACAGCGGGGGGCACCACAGACCUCUGAUCGACCACUUGAUAAGAAUAGAGAGAGUGGGGAUGGUGAUGAGACGCAGGAUAAGAGGAGGAGUGAGAGAAGAGAGAUUGAGGCGGAUGAAGGAGUAGGAGAAGAGACGGGGAAGAAGGAAGGCUUUGCACAAAUGGGACACUGUGCAGACUUUCACUCAGUUUCGAAUGAAAAUGACGAAGCUGGACAUGCUGCAGGGAAGCAGAGUGCAGACGUGAUGAAGCAAAGAGAUUUGGUAGGAAGCGAUCCAGCCACAGACCUGCCCAGUCUUCAUGGUUGCCAAACAGGUGACGCAGUUCCAGACCCUUCCUGCCCGUCCUCAGCCAGGCUUCAGUGGCAAACAGGUGCCUGGUCUCAGCAAGAGCAGAGGCCUCAGGAAGGAGAGGGUGGCAGCUGCAGUAAAGAUGAGGAUGAUGAAGAGGAGGAGGAGGAUGUGGAUUUUGAAUGUUUCACAGAAGCGACCUAUAGGAGAGGCACUUACGAUGAGAUUGAAGAUGGCACAGGACAGGUUUCCCAGCGGCCUUUGGUCCCCGUAUCUCCUGACUUUACAGUGGCGGGCGCGGAGGUGAAUUGGCAGGGUGGCUCUUUGACCCCUACCUCCAGUCGCCAUCUCUCCUCAUCUUCUGCUGCAUUUCCACCGCCCCCUUCACCUCCAACCCCAUCUUCAUCAUCCUCAGUGUCCCUCGCUGCUGCGCCCUACACGGGCAAAGUACACUUCUGCCACUGUGGGAAAGCCUACACCCUGAAGAGUAUGCGUGACCGGCAUGUGAAGAUGCAGCACCUCAAUUUACGGCCCUUUGGGUGUCCUGUUUGCACAAAGUCCUUCAAAAUGAAGCACCAUCUCACUAAGCACCUUAAAACCCACGGAGGGCUGCGGCCCUAUGAAUGCAGCCUCUGUGGGAAGAAAGUCAUUUGGAGAGACAGCUUCCUGAGACAUCAGGCCCGAUGUGAGAGACUUGCUUCCAGCUCCUCGGCGAACAGCAACAGUGCAAGCGCAGCAGCAGAUAUGGAUGAUGGCUACAGUUAUGGAUUUGAUGAAGGGGAAGCCUUUCUCCCCACUGGAGGACAGGUGAAAGUUGAGGAAGUGGAUUUUCAUAAGGAGAUAGAGGAUGGGAUGGGUGGGCUUUUGGGUAGUGUUUCUGGGAUAGUUGCUGAGCUAAGAACCCAGACGCAAAACUUGGACCCUGGCAGUCACGUUUUUAAAGAGGAGGCCAGCGAGAGCUUUACCUGAAAUUAAACGUUUAUGUGGAAAAUGGUGAUUUAAAGCACUUACUGUAAAGUUUGAAGAAGGAUUUUGCUUAAAUUGCCAUGAAAUGUCAUCCGAUCUUUACACAAUCUGAAUAAACGAAAAACACAAGCAGUUA